AUGGAAAAAAGCAGAGGGUCUGAACAGCAUGGCCCAAGAACGGCACCUUUCUAUUCAAUCCCACCUCGGCACCUUGUCAGCGUUGAGCAUCCCGCUAUUAUCAAGAACGUUGACAAUGCCAUUGCGACCCUUCAGGGUGAUGCCGGUAUCUCGAAGAUCUUGAAUCCUCCCAAGGCCGACACACCUGCCAAUCUUCAUCUGCGGCCGGAGGAUGCCAUGUCAAGGCCUCUCCAGUCAACCAGUACACCAUCCAACAACAUCUUGUUAAAGGUGACCGUCCCUAAGCGGACAGGUCGUAAGCGUAAAAGGGGAACGGAUGAGCCAUUUACCGGUCCCCCCGUCACGACCAUCCCCCAAGAACCUCAACGGCCGAGUGCAAGGCAUCUCCUACGGAGUCUCCGUGAUAACGUAGGAAGCUAUCAGGUGGAGCCGGUCGGGACGGUUGACCGGACCCAUGUGUUUAGAGGCAUGCCUGAUUUUGUCUUCUCAACAACCGCCAACCAAUUCGCCAAUCGGUUUCGAGACCAGAUCCUGUCCUUUGACUAUGACAAAAUGAAACAAUUCGACCUUGACAUGUCCAAGGGCGCAAUAUCAAACGUUGAAGUCUUCCCGCCACCAUCUUUCAGCCACGGGGACCUCCCAUUUGGAUACAUAUACCGUCAAAACCCCACUGUUCGUCAAUCCGUCGAUACAUCCGGCAACAUUACCACGAUCAACACGCAACAAGCCGCCAAGGUGCGCACACACCUGGUCGCAUACGACGUCGCCGAGGUACCCACCAAGCCUCGCGAGAGCUGUCCCCCCAUCAGCUCCCUGGAAGAAAACCUCCAGGAGACCAUCAGAGCAGUGGAAGAACUCUUCACUCAGCGACCAGCCUGGACGCGUCGCGGGUUACGCAACUCCCUCAAAACCGGAGACCAGCGCUACCUACUCCGCCACGCCAUCCCUUACGUCGGCUACAUCUUCCGGUCAGGACCCUGGCGAGACGCCAUUGUGAAAUUCGGCCAUGACCCUCGCACCUCACCUGACUACCGCAUCUACCAAACUCUCAUGUUCCGGAUUCUUCCCCGCGAACCGGAAGUCGCGCGUGACGGCGCGGGCGGUAGACGACACACACUACCUCGACUCAACGAGGCCAGCUACAGCGCAUCAGGCACCGACCCCGUGUCCACAGAUACCCACCUCUUCACUGGCCAACUACCCCUCGUUGUUGACGGUCGUAUGUGGAUGUUCUGCGAUAUAAUGGACCCAUUACUCCGCAACAUACUUUUCCCACCGGACCCUCCACCUGCGGGCUUCCUGCGCGAAACCUGCGAACCCGUCUGCGACGGGUGGUUCGGGGGCGGCACCCUGGCCAAAGUUAAGAUCAUCAUGCGUACGAAGAUCCUCUCGUUACUCGGGGGUCGCGUCCCCGAUGACGCGGACUUUGCUCGUGUUGUGAACUUCCCGGACCACGCGACACCAGAUGACUUGAUGAGUGGGUUUAUGCUAGAUGGGAAGGAGGUGUCGGCGCGGGAGAUGCAAAUGGCUACGGAGAUUCGGGCCUCGCUGAAGGGUACGGCGUCUUGGAGGGGAAAGAUGACUGAUGGGAAAGCGGGAGAAAGUCUCAGACGGGGACAGGAACCGGAUGACGACGGUGAGUAUGAUCAGUCAACGCAGAGGGAUACCGCCGGAUCUACAGGCCGUCGCGUCCAGUGGCAGGACGAGGCGAGUGACGAAGAGAGUCAAGGGGAAGAGGAGGCGAUUGAACAAGAAGAGAUGCUGGAAGCGCAGGUAGCCGAAGCUGCGGAAUCAGUCAGCGCAGCACUUGGAGAGGAAUACGAAGAUCAGGGGUCCGAAGGAGAGGAUAGUGAUGAUAGCCAGACCCGAGAUUGA